AUGCCUACACCACUCCCAUCGAGUUUUGCCUCCGCCGCUGCCGGUAACACGCAGGACCCCAGUCGGAGAGGGGAUGGAGGAGCUGCUGGUGAAUGGUCUCGAUCUCGUAUGAACGGAGCCACUCAGACCUUUCGCCGCCCUUCUGUCGCUACGAACCCUUCUCACAUCCGGGAGAGUGGUCACCCUGCUUCAGCUUCGACACCGACGGCCCCCGGGGCAUACAUCCCACCCCACAUGAGCUCAAAUCCCAUCCCCAGCACCCUACGCAACGGAGAAGCCCGAUACUCCAAGGAACAGCUCCUAGAGAUGUAUAAGGCGCAGCGGGAGAACGGAGCUUUGGGCAAAAAUGUGGAGGAAUACUUUGUCGCCGACUGGGAUCCUCACAUGGUGUCAGCCCCCGCGAAUGGAGCGUGGGGGAAGCGGGACGACCACAAGUCCUCCGCGGGACCUGAAGUGUGUUGGGACCAUGGAGGACAGGCUGAACCCUUGGGUUUGUCUGAUAUGUCGGAUGGAGAGAAAGAGGUAGGUCAAGAUCUCAUCCGAUUUUCUCUGCUUCGGUCAAUUCUCCCCUCAAGCCGCCCCCCCACGAACGCGCAGAAAGAAAAUACUGCACCAGGUACUGGAGGCCGUAAACAGUCCAUCUCUUACACCCAGGGCCAUAUCAAUAACUACAAUACCUCCUCUCCGACGGCCAACCGUCCGGGCGUGAGACGUCGUGAGACCGGUGACUCGAUCGGCAACCCUAUGUCCCCCACCGGCUCCAACUCGCGCUUUUUCCGCGACGAGGCGACUACCUCCACCCCUCCCCCCGCCCUCUUGCGUCGUAAAACCGAUUUCCGGGAUCAAAAGCCUGACGACAAAGCUAAAGAAGGACAAGAAACCGCGUCUCCCUUCGGCUCUUUGAAACGAAGCUCGACCAACCCUCUGAAUACCGCUGUGGGAGGACCAGGCUCGCCUUGGGGCUCGGCUUCGCACAAUGCCAACUUCUCUCCCAUGGGCGCAUUCGGAGCAUUUUCUUUGGGUUCCAACACGGCCCAAACGCCAACGGAGAAAAAACCUGGAUAUGGCAGCCUUCGUGGAGAAAGCCGGUUCAAGGACUUGCUUUCUAAGGAUAGCUCUGAGGAUAUUGCCGGGUCUGCCAAGGAGAAGAACCUGUCCAGCUUGGAGCGCCUGACCGAAGAUGAUGGUGGCCAACGUUCGCAGUCUCCGUGGGGAGAAGGGCUCAAGACGCGUGCGAACCGUAGUGAAACCAAUCCUUUCGAUGAGCCUCGCAGUGGUAGCGCCGCGCUCGGCGGAUUUCAAGAUCUCGAAGCCCCGUCCCAAGAUGACCUCGGGUUCGGCGCAUUCGGAAUGACCUCAAGCAUCCCAGGCUUUCGCGAGUUAAUGCAAAGCCAGGAGAAUUCUCGCAACCCUACCCCGAGCUUGCUCCAAGGUCAUGAACCAACAAGCCCCACAAACACCAACCCCUAUCAAAGCCCUCAAAAUGAUCGGACUGCUGCCGACCCAGAGGAUCUGGAUACGGAUGGGUCAGACAUUCAGGCUUCCCAGCAUCCCGCACUCAGUGGCUUGCGGGAUCCUUCAAACCCCUUUGGAUCGAUGAGACGGGUUGGCUCGGGCAUGGACUUGCCUACUGUCGAUCGCAGCCAAAACUCCAGCGCCAACGCCAACCGUAACUUCUCGGGUCUUGGUGGCCUCGGUGGCCUCUCCUCUCUCGGCGGGGGUGCCGCUUGGCCUUCUGGAGGUGCCAUCGGCACUCCAACCCGCGAACGCUCUGCUUUCGCUGGUGGUUUCGGUGAUCCAAUCUUCGGUUCUAUGGGUGAUCUUCAGUCUCCAAGCCUGUCUACACUUGGAGGCGGAGGUCUCUUUAGCCCUCAUGCUGGUAUUUCCGGAACCGCCAGCAUAGGCCGAUCAAGCAAACUCGGUGCCCUUUUCUCAUCGGUGCAGGACGAACAAGGUCGCUCAGACUCGGUCGGCCUGGAAGAUGGACUCCGACAAACGGAUCUCCAGCAGACGGAAAAGCCCGGUCAGGCAAACAAGCCCGGGUCAAACCCAUCUCAAACACCCGUUUCGGCUGUUGGUUCUCUUCCGCCCGGAAUCGGUCACGAUGGAGCAGGUGCAAUUCAGACUCCUGGGGGCACUGUGCCUUCUGCCCAGCAACGUUGCAUGGUAAUGCCUGAUCGCAUGCGCUGGAUCUAUCGCGACCCGCAGGGCAAUGUCCAGGGACCAUGGACCGGACUUGAGAUGCAUGACUGGUUCAAGGCUGGAUUUUUCAGCCCCGACCUGCAAAUAAAGAAGCUCGAGGAUAUUGAAUUUGAGCCACUGGCUCAGCUGGUCCGACGUAUUGGCAACUCGCGCGAGCCCUUCCUUGUUCCCCAAAUUGGCAUCCCCCAUGGUCCCGAACCUACUGGAGCUCAGUGGACUGGUCCUCCUGGGCAAAACACUACUUCUGCUCAGCCUCCAUUCCCUGGAAGCUUCCCGAGUUUCGGCACUACAUUGACCGCAGAGCAGCAAAACGCACUCGAGCGACGCAAACAGGAGGAACAGUAUUUGAUGGCUCGUCAAAAAGAACAUCUCGCCCAGCAGCAAGCUAUUAUGAAGCAGAUUGGCCCGUCUACUAUGCAGCCCCAGUUGCAGCACCAGACUAGCGCCCACAGUCUUCAGAGCCAGCCCAGCUUCGGUAGCAUUGCUUCGCCGUCUGGUUACCAGCCAUCUCCAAUCCAGGCGCCUGGCCAUGGCCAGCAGCAGCAAUCACAGCAGCAAUCGCAAGCUGGGGUUGCCGGUUUCUUCGAUGCUGCAGCACCUACUCGACAGGGCGGUCUCCCAAAUGUCGGACCUGGCAUGCUAGGAACUGAGCUCGGUAGCCCAGACCAACUUCCGGGUCUACUGGAUCACCUGAACGUCGGCCGCCAGGAUCCUUUUGCCUUUGGUGCAUCCAAUUCAUUCGCUGCUCGCCAACCUGACAGCUUCCUGCAUUCCCAGCAGGUCUCUUCAAUGCUCCAAGAUCGUGAGGCGCUUCAGCAAGAACAAGAACAGUUUGACCAGCUCAACUCCAAUGAUCUCUUUGAUCAGCAGGCGCGUGAAGAGCGAUUGCGUCAGUUCCAUGCUCUGAGAGCCCAAGAAGGCGACUUUGGCAUGCGGACUGUUGAUGGCUUGCCAACUCACCCAGCUGCUGCUUCCGCCCAGGACGCUGAGGCUGCUGCUACCAGCGAAGAGUUAGCCAUGGAAGCCCUCUCAGCUGAUGAACCUACCGAUGAGCCUACCCUCACUCUGUCUCAACAGGUCCACAAGGCCGCUUCUGCCCAGCGUCAACAGCAGGAGCAAGACCAGCAUGCUCAGGCUGUCCCUGAAAAUGUCUGGGGAGUCAAGGUCGAUAGCGCCAUGCCUCACCCUUUCCCCCCGCCUCCCUCUGCGUCGCCUCUGCCCGCCCCCGCUGCUCAGCGCAACCGCCAAAACAUGGCUGAAUCUCUCGUCGCCGACUCUCAGUCCCGGACCCAAACCCCAAUUGAUGCGGCACCCACCUCCGUCGCCCCUUGGGCAAAGGAUACCGUCGAAGUUCCGAAGGGUCCCUCGCUGAAGGAGAUCCAGGAGGCUGAAGCUCGCACUGCUGCUCAGCGCGAGGAACACGCUGCCGCCGCUCGUCGCGCUCAGUUCCUUGCUGAGCAAGAGCGUCUCAGCCAUGCCCAAGCUCAGGCUGUUCCUGGUCUUCCCUCCUCCGCAAACUGGGCCAGCUCAGGAUCCCCGGCUACUCCUACCGCUGCUAGCCCUGCCUGGAACACUAAGAGCCAGCCCGCACCUACCACCAGCACCGCAAAGAAGACUCUGGCUCAGAUCCAGAAGGAAGAGGAGGCUCGCAAGCAGCGCCAAGCUGCUAUCAACGCCGCUGCCGCCCAAGUCGCGACACCUAGCCCCCCAGCUUCCGCUACCAAGCGCUAUGCUGAGCUUGCCAGCAAGGCCCCUACUGCUACCGCCGCCGCCGCCGCCGCCGUCGCCAGUGCUGCUCCUGUUGCUUCUGGUGCCUGGACAACUGUCGGUGCUAGUGGCAAGGCGAAGACUCCUCUUGCCGCGCCCCUUGGACCUCGCUCUGCCAGUGGAGCCAUUCCCGUUGCCCCUGCUUCUGUCUCCAAGCCUCGUCCAACUAUCGCUACACGUACCGUGACCGGUGGCAGCGUGUCUCAGGGCAGCUCUAACCGCGCCAUGGAGGAAUUUACUAAGUGGGCGCAGCUGUCUUUGGGCAAGGGUCUGAACAGUAACAUUAAUGUGGAUGACUUUGUUCAGCAACUUCUUUUCCUGCCUGCCGAGGCCGAGAUCAUCUCUGACUCUGUCUACGCAAACUCCCAGACCUUGGAUGGCCGCCGAUUUGCCGACGAAUUUAUCCGCCGCCGCAAGCUGGCUGACAAGGGUGUCGUUGACCCCGUCUCGCCCAGUGCUUUUGCCGAGCAGAAGAACGGCGGUGGCUGGAACGAGGUUGCUAAGAAGGGAUCCGCUUCAAGCGCUACCCCUUCUGCCCGUGAAGAGGAGAGCAACGCCGCAUUCAAGGUCGUUGCUCCCCGCAAAAAGGGCAAGCGCUAG